AUGCUUGACUCCCUCGACCGUCGAAAUACCGUCGCAAUCGCCGAAGACGAACACUUUUUAAAAUUCAAACGUCGAAACACCUUAUCAAGUAUCUUAAAAGACGCCGAAUACGAAAAAUCUUUAAAUCAAGUCGAUAGCAAAAAUUUAUUUAAACUAACAAGACUGAUUCUUGCUUUAAAGCCCUAUGAGCGUACCCCUGAAAUGAUAGAAAAGGUUCACCAGUGCACCCUAAAUCUAAAAUUUUUUCAAAAAAUUCGAGAGGAGCAUUCCGAAGAUAUUCACGUGGCAUGCUGCAAAUAUCUUCAGCACGAGUUUCAUCCUGCCCAUUCUCUAGUGAUCAGGCAAGGCGAAACGGGCACGAAGUUUUAUAUUAUUUUAGAAGGAAAAGUUAGUGUAAUAAGGGAAAACGAAGAUGGAAGCUCUUCUAUUGUGGCGGAACUGAGCUCAGGUGACUCUUUCGGUGAAAGAGCCUUAAUGCUUGGAGUUCCUCGGGCCUGCAGUAUACGAUGUAUUACCAAUUGCAGCCUAGGAGUGUUAGAGAUCAGUGAAUAUAAAAAAAUUUUGGAAUCGCUGAUGGAGGAAAAAUAUAAUGCACUUAUUGAGAUGCUCAGGGAGCUCCCUAUGUUCAAAAAUCGGUCUAGCCAUUACUUACAAAGGCUGACUUAUUAUUUUAAGCCAAGAAAAUGCCAUAAAAAGCAAUGCAUUUACAAAGAAGGCGACCCAGCAAACGAAGUAUUUUUGAUACAAAAAGGAGAAUUUAAUUUGUCAAAAAAAUUAACUAUCCCUAUACAGUCACCGAGAGGGUUCCCUAAGAACUCAAAUUUAAAGUCAAAAUCAAUUUCAAGGGAUGCACCGAUUGUAGUCCUUGGAAAGGGGUCUAUGUUUGGGGAAGAAGAAAUUUUGUCAGGGAUUGAUCAAAGAACGACCUCUUGUAUUUGUAUGUCGAGAGAAGGGUGUGUAUUAGUGAUCAGCAAAGAAAGUUUUCAAAAAAAUAUUUUAAAGAGUGAAGAAGCUGUUGAUUUUAUGAAAAAAAGAACUGAAAAUAAGCUCGCGUCACGACAGACUAUAAUAGAGCAAAAUGUGCACUUACAGAAAUUAAAAUCUGGGAUUAUUCCGUUGAAAAUUGAAGAAGAGCUUCCGACGCUUUCACCGCUUCCUCCUAUAAAGCAGCUUCAAGGGGCACUAACACCAAUUUUGACCAAAACACAAACUUUAAAAGUCCCGGGUUCCUCAAGAGAGCCAGCUUCAGUUUCUCCAUUUCCUGACCUCUCUCCAUUUGAUAGCCAAUCUCCGACUUUAGCUCACUCCAAAACUCUUGACGCAAAAGCAUUAACAAGCACUUUUCUCACCCCUAGAAAACCCCUCCACCUUGAAAUUCCCCCUCCUUCCUCCAUUUUUUCUCCCUCUGAAGUACCGCUUACACCUACUUUAAGCACAGAGCCAGCACAUCACAUAAGAGACUUUUCAAGUCCUCCCCCUUUAAAGCUUGAAGAUUCUGACUCUUCUCCAACUAUUAAGCAUUUAUCAAGAAAAUCAAUUAUGAUUCCUUUAGGGACUAUGGACUAUUUAAAUAGUCCUAACUCCCCCCCCCUCCGUGAGCGAACAAAACCAUUAGAAAAAUCGCCAUUUUUUGACCAAAAACCCACCCUCCGUGAGUGAACAAAAAUUUUUUUAAUAGAAAAAAAAUUUUUAAUGGAAAAAAAUUUUGAUAUAUAAGUGAUAAUUAGUAUAAUGAAAUCUAGAGCUAAUUCUGUUUAAUUUUAAACAAAUUGCGUUUUAAAACAUAAAUUUUGCAAAUUAAAUUAAUAUUUGCUUCCCAAUUUUUGCAAAUUAGGAUUUUUUUAAAUUUCGAAAAAAAUAUUUUUUAUAAAAUUUAUAUAUAAAUUUUUUUUAAAAAAAAAAAAUUAACCCCCCUCCGUGAGCGAACAAAAUUUUUUUGUUCGCUCACGGAGGGGGGGGGGGGAGUAAAAAGAAAUUUGAAAAAAAUUUAAAAAUUAAAAAAAUCGUGAAUAUUCAUACGUAUAUGAUGAAGUCGAACAGUCCAAGAAAAGAGUCGAAUAAGCUUAUAAGAACUGAGAGAAAGAGAUUUACAGCUUCACCGAUUUUAUUGGAAUUAAAAAAAGAGCCUGAGUGUGAGCAGCCGAAGAGAAUUGAGAGAAGAAAAACAGCAAGAAAAACUGCUGUGCUUUAA